AUGACAACAUUAAUACCAGCUAUUGUGGUUGAAGGAUUCAUCAGUUCAGGUAAAUCAACAUUUGUUCAUCAGUUGCUACAAGAGAAGAAACGAUACGCUCUGAUAUUCGAUAGCGAUGUUCUACCACAAACGAUUCUCUAUGGCUUUGAAGAUGCAAAGGUGUUGCGUGAGGACGUCGCCAUCGAAAUGAUGGGCGGUAGCUGCGUUUGCUGUACACUCGACGUGCAAAACAUAGAGAGUGAUGUACUCACAAGAUUCAAAGAGAAUGAACCAUCGCCAUUCGACUAUAUCAUAUUCGUCAGUAACUCUUUUGAAUCUAGUUUCCUCGCAGAGCUACUCUCCUGCAUUGAUGAAGGACCAUUAGCAACCCUAGCAACUAAAAUCAACUUAUUGAAUAUUGUUUGUUUGUUGGAUUGUGCUUCGGCGUUGGUCAAUUUGAAAUCUACACAACUUCUGAAUGAAAGAUUCAAGAGUGAGUUUGAAGAUGUUUGUAUUGUUAGUCCAGAUUCUCAUACACAUGAUGGUGCAUGUUGCCAUCCUUCUACUACUUCUACCUCUACCAAUAAUAAUACAGUUGUUGGUCAUCAACCGAAUCAAACAGCAUCACAAUUUCUAAGUGUACCAUUAACACCCGCAGCAUUGGCAGCAUCCAACUCCUCACUUGCAGGUUCAAACACAUCACUCUCGGGAUCGAGAAAGAAAACCGUUUGUUGUCCCGAUCAAGGUGAAGUGAACUGUUGUCAAAACCUACAAAGACAACAACAACAAGCUGCUGCUGCUGCUGCUGCCAAUGACAACAGCAACAAAGAAUCAUCAUCAGAUAAAUUAGUUAAAAAAGGUGAUAAACCAGUUUCAUCUUUAGUUUUUGAUCAAUUAACAUGUGCAUCUAUUAUCAUUCUAAAUAAGAUUGAUUUGGUUGAAGAAGAUGAGGUUGAAUUCCUAUCGAGUUUAGUCAAAUUGAUCAAUCCAAAUGUAAAAGUAUUAAAGACAGAGUUGGCAAAAGUCAAUGUUAUCAGUGAACUCUUUGGUGAACCAUCGAUGAGUGUUAGCAACUAUCAACCAGUAGAGAAGAAGAUGAGCGGUGUAUUUAUCACUCAUUUCUAUCAACGUGUACCAUUCCACCCAGAGCGACUCUUUAAAUUCAUAUUUGCCGACGCCCAAGCCAAGAAAAUCAAUAGCAAAACACUCAGUUCAAUUCUCUAUCUCAAUGGUUUCAUUUGGUUGGCAACUGAUAUGAAAAUGAAUUAUUCAUUUGAAGUUAAUGCAGGAUAUGAAUUAUUUACAUAUGGAAAUCAAUUUUACUCUACGAUGAGUGAAAAUGAAUGGCCAAUUGAUCCAGCAGUAAAAGAGAGUAUCGAUAGAGAUAUUAAGUUGUUCAAGUAUCAAGAUAGAAAGAGCGAGAUCUCAAUUGUCGGUGUGGAGUCUAAAUCAAUGACACAAGCCAAAUUCAUUGAGCAACUCUCAAAGUGUCUAUUGACAGAACAAGAACUAUCACUAGGUCCAAAUCAAUGGGAAUCCACUUUUAUUAAUCCAUUUAUCGCUAUUUUACCAAAAGAAGAUGAUGAAGAUCAAGAAGAAGAAGAAGAAGAAGAAGAAACAACACAAAAUUAA